AUCGAGAAUGCGAUCGAGGUCGCCUGGAACCCUAGUUCCAGCCAGGAGCUCAAGGGCCAGGCUUUCGAGUACCUUAACCAGCUGCGAGUAGACCCCCAGGCCUGGCAGGUCUGCAUCGGCCUCUUUACCCGAUCCCCCCCAGCGUCCGAAGUCGUACGACUAGUCUCGCUCGAAAUCAUAAACAAUGCCGUUCAUUCAGAAGCCCUGGAUGCAGCCAGCCUCGUGUACCUGAAGCAGUCUCUCCUCGAAUAUAUCGGACGGACAUACACGAGCAACACCCAAAGUCAGGUCGACCCAGCACAUCUCCAAAACAAGCUGACGCAAACCCUCACAUACCUCUUUGUCUUCUUGUACAGGGAACACUGGAGCAGCUUCGUUCAGGACUUUUAUGCCAUUGCCCAGAAUGACAACCUCCCUGGCGUCAUAUUAUACCUCCGCAUUCUCAGCUCGAUUCACGACGAGAUUGCCGACUUGAUGCUCAGCCGGCAGGAGCAGGAGGCGAAGAGAAACAGUGAUCUCAAGGACCUUAUUCGUGAGCGAGAUAUGGCCAAAAUUGCCACGUCAUGGACCGAUAUUCUGUCUCGGUACAGCAACCAGCACGAUGGAGUCGUUGAGAUGACGCUCAAAAUCAUUGGGAAAUGGGUGAGCUGGAUCGACAUCUCGCUGGUCAUCAACCAACAAAUGCUCGGUCUUCUGCUGCCCUUGGUCGGGAGGUCAAAUGCUUCAGGUGGCGAGGACAAGGUCAGAGAUAUAGCUGUUGACACCUUUACCGAGAUUGUCAGCAAGAAAAUGAAGGCGAGCGACAAGAUCGAGAUGAUCAACUUCUUGCAGCUUCGCGAAAUCAUCACAGAAUUGCUGGCCAGUCCCCCACUCAAUGAGUGGAAGGGAACCUCCCAGUACGACACGGAUCUGGCCGAGGUGGUCGCCAAGCUUGUCAACGCCAUCAUGUCAGAUAUUGUUCGCGUGCUUGAGGACGGCAAGGUUGACAACGAUACGAGGGCGAAGGCUGAGCAGCUUCUGCAAUACUUCCUGCCGUCCCUGCUCCGCUUGUUCUCGGACGAGUACGACGAGGUCUGCUCCACAGUUAUCCCCUCAUUAACCGACCUCCUCACUUUCCUUAGAAAAGUCAGGACUCUUCCGGCGACCUAUGCCGAAAUGCUUCCUCCCAUCCUGAACGCCAUAGUUCUCAAGAUGAGGUACGACGAGACGUCCAACUGGGGCCUCGAAGACGAGCAAACAGACGAAGCAGAGUUUCUGGAGCUGCGUAAGAGGCUGCAAAUUCUCCAAAAGAGCGUUGCUGCCGUUGAUGAGAACCUCUGCAUGGAGUUCAUGAGCAACCUAGUCGGAAACAUGUUUUCCACCCUCCAGCAACAAGGGUCUCAGAUGGACUGGAGAGAUCUGGACCUGGCGCUUCACGAAAUGUACCUGUUUGGAGAGCUUGCGCUGCCCAACAUGGGACUGGCUGCCAAGAGUCAGCCAAACCCUGUAGCCGCGGAGCGCCUGGCUCUCAUGAUGAGCAAGAUGGUUGAUUCUGGUAUUGCCAACUACGCCCACCCAGCUAUCUUGCUCCAGUACAUGGAGAUUUGCGUCCGCUAUCACAGCUUCUUUGAGUCUCACCAAAACUACAUCCCCCGGGUCCUUGAGAACUUCGUAAGGCUGGUGCACCAUGAGCACGUCAGGGUGCGCACACGCUCUUGGUACCUGUUCUUGCGCUUCGUCAAGACUUUGAGGGCGCAGGUGGGCAAUGUCGCCAAGACUGUGAUCGAGUCCAUCAGCGACUUGCUGCCCAUCAAGGCUGAGGUCCCUAGUAAUGACGCUGACGAUGACAUGUCCUCUGAUGAGUCUGAUCACUCUGCCGAUGCCGUCUUCAAUGGCCAGCUCUACUUGUUUGAGGCUGUUGGCUGCGUGUCUGCUACAUCUGCCACCCCUGUUGCCGACCAGGCCUUGUACGCUCGGUCUGUCAUGGAGCCUCUUUUCUCAGAUAUGAGCGUCCACCUCGAAAGAGCCAAGGCCGGGGAUGCGCAAGCCAUUCUCCAGAUUCACCACAUUAUCAUGGCCCUCGGUACUUUGGCCAAUGGUUUUGCCGACACGCCCCUUGGCCACACCAAGGCGCGGGCUCAGCCAGCACAGGAGAUCUCGGCCGAGUUUACAAGAGCUUCCGAGGCGAUCCUGAUUGCUUUGAACCAGCUCAAUACGAGUGACGAGAUCCGGGCGGCCUGCCGGUCUGCCUUCUCCCGCCUGCUCGGCGUCCUCGGCUCUGCCGUUCUUCCACAAUUGCCACAGUGGAUCGAAGGCCUGCUCUCUCGCAGCUCCAGCAAGGACGAGAUGGCUAUGUUCCUUCGUCUGCUGGAGCAGAUUGUAUACAACUUCAAGGGAGAGAUUUCCAACAUUCUCGAUCUUCUCCUUACACCACUUCUUCAGCGGGUCUUUGGUGGCCUUUCUGAGCCGAUCAACGGCACCGAUGAUGAAAUUCAGCUUCAGGAGCUGAGGCGGGAAUACGUUUCUUUUGUUCAGGUUAUCUUCAUGAAUGAUCUUGGAGGCGUUUUGGUGUCUGCGGCCAACCAGGGUAACUUUGAGUCUCUUGUGUCGUCCAUCUUCAGCGUCGCCAAGAACCUCAACCAUGGGAACCUUGUGGCCAGCCGGAUCGCCUUUAACGUUCUCAGCCGCAUGAUUACGCAGUGGGGUGGUCCCGACAUCAUCACCCCGGGUGAGAACCCAGUCGCUACCGGCCCUCCCUCUCCCACCAUCCCCGGCUUUGAGCAGUUUAUGCUCUCCCAGUUCCACGGCGUGUGCUGGGACGUUUUGCAGGACGGAGGGUUCCGACCGAGCAGCGACGCGACAUCUAGACAGAUCCUCAACGAAAUCGCCGGCAUCCAGCAGGCCAUCUGGAUGAAGACGGCGGAUCUCUAUAUCAACCAUGUCCAAAACCAGCUUGGUCAGGACAGCAACGACUUUUUGCGGACGCUGACGACGACGACGGCACGCAAGCCACUGGUCGAUUGGUUUUUGGCUCUGCUCAAGGGCCGGAAGUAG